AUGGGUUUUCGCUUGCCUGGGAUUGUUAAUGCUAAGAAAACCCUGCAGCAAGAGCGCAAGGGUGCAGAGGCCAAAAAUGUACCAAAAGGCUAUUUUGCUGUUUAUGUGGGAGAAGUUCAGAAGAAGCGAUUUGUAGUUCCAAUCUCAUACUUGAAGAACCCUUUAUUCCAGAACUUGUUGAGUCAGGCUGAAGAAGAGUUCGGGUUUGAUCAUCCAAUGGGCGGUCUCACAAUCCCCUGCACAGAAGAAGCCUUUAUUAAUCUUACUUGCAGUUUGAACUGCUCAUGA